UGAUGUCAAGCAAACGAUAAUCAGCGCUUUUUCUUUUAGAUUAAAACGCACCUACACGGAACCAGAUGAUGCGAUGAUUCAUUCAGUUUCAGGUAAUCUAAGUCCAAUAACAACAAAAGCUAGAGGAAGUUUGGAGUCAGCCUCAUCACAAUUGGUCGAUUUACCAAUGAAUCUUUUUGAUAAACAGAAUCGGAUUGUGGAAAGUCAAUCAUCCGACGGGAAAAAAAUGAUUGUUGAUCGAACCACGUGGGUAAAAAAAGCCUAUGAGAAUAUGCCAACGAUUUAUCGCCUAGAUGCACAAUUAUUGAUCCCAUUAAAUCCAAUGGGUAGGACUGGUUGUCGUGGUCGUGGUGCUCUCAUUCGUUGGGGACCAAAUAAAACCAUCAUGGUUAUAAUAACAAGAUGGAAAAAAUUUCAUGGACAAUUCGUCAUUGCUGAUGGUCAAAGAAUGCUGGAAGUAAUGGUGUUCAAAGAUAAAUUGACGGGUCAUUGGAUAUUGCCAGGCGGAAAAAUUUUGGGUAUUGAAUCACCGUAUGGCACUGUUUGUAGAACUUUUAACAAAUUAGCAUUUCAAGAUGAAGAAUCUGAAUAUAGUUUAUCAUUACAAGAAAAAGAUAUGAUCGACGGCGUGAUUAUAUGGAAAGAUGUCACAUAUAAUUCGCAGGGUUUUAUUAUGCAAAUGUCGAUCUUAAGAGAAAUAGCACGAAUACAUGAUGCCUAUUUUGAAUGA